AUGGCACUGGAUAGCAGUGGGAGACCCCCCCGCACCCCCUCCCACCACUUCACACCGCCCAAGAACCCGGCCAGCCCGGUGCCCCUUCCGAAGGAGCGGGUGCAGGCGGGGCGGCGGCAGCAGCAGGCGCUGGAGGCGCGGCUCGAGGGCUGCGUGCAGGAACUGCGGCGGCUCUGCCUGCGGGAGGCGGAACUGACGGGGACGCUGCCCCGUGAGUACCCCCUAAAGGCUGGGGAGAAGCCCCCCAAGGUGCGGCGCCGGAUCGGGGCUGCCUUCAAACUGGAUGAGAUCGUUGUCCUGCAUGGAGUGGACCCCCUGGAGCGGGAGCGGGCGCUGCAGCUGCGGAUCGCCGAGGCCUCUCGCCGCCUGUGCCACGAGCAGAACAUCGGGCGGCGCCUGCGGAAGCGGCGACAAACGGCGGCGCUGCGGGAGGAGCAGAAGCUGCGCGACCUGGAACAGGUCCUGAGCCAGAGGCGCCUCCUGACCGGGCACAGGGACACGGGCACUGCCCACGAGCUCAGCGUCUCCGAGGAGAGCUCCCUGUCUGACACGGGCCUGCUGGAGGAGA